AUGGCAAUAGCUGUGCAUCUAUCCUUCAACUCUUCUGCUAGUCUUGAUAUUUAUCCUUUAGCACCAAGGACAGAGGGAAGCAGGGGCCAAGGGGGGCACUGGGCUCCCUUGAAAUUUUUAAGGUUGGAAUCAUCAUCAUCAAUCAAUCAACCUAUUCAACCAGCACCACCUAAGCAGGUGAUUGUUGAGGAAGUUGAGGUCAAUAUAGAAAACAUUCCUUCUGAUCCAGGACUGCGACCUAACAUAAUGAGCUAUCCACCUAAUAUUAGGAAUCAGGUAUAUAGAGCUUGCUUACUUAAAGGUCCAUGUCAACCACGCCAUCAUAAAUAUCCUCAAAAGGUAGAUGAAACUCAAAAAUGGAGAUUUAUUGCAUCUUGGUUUGAUGAAUUCAGUAGUUGGUUGGAAUAUAGUAUUGAAAAAGAUGCUGCAUAUUGUUUAUAUUGUAUCUUUUUGCAACUGGGCGUAGUGAAAGAGGUCAUGAUGCUUUUGUAUCUGAGGGUUUUACUAAUUAGCAAAAGAAAGAAAGAUUGA